UAUUUCCAGAAGAAUGAUAAGUUUUCGCUAUUGUGUAACGCAUAUUACAAACUUACAUAGUAGUAUUUGUAUAUUUCGUAAAAUCAAUAAUAAAAUCAUUUAUAUAAGUUCAUAUUCCUCUUUUAAAAAUUCAUUAGUUAAUAUCAAUAACCAUUUCAAGACACAAUUGAUUCAUUCUCCUGAUAUUGUUAAUAAUGCAAUAUCAAAAGGACGUUCUAAUCAAACUAAUCAUAUAUUGACAAUUAAUAGAACUAAACAAAAUAGUAUAUAUAAAAAAAAAUGUAAAUUUAUUUCCACGCAUACAUCUCUAUGUAAAGUCAUAAAUAAACGAUCAUCAUAUUUUGGGACAAAUCCACUUUUUGUCAAAAGUGAUUUUACUACACGAAAUUGUUCCAAUGUAAGACAAAUAUCAAGUUUUUUCGAACGAGCGACUGAUAGUUUGUAUACGAAUUAUGUUAAUUUAAUAUAUGUUAUAUCUGGAAGUACACCUGUGGAAUUUACUCAAGAUUCUUUAGUAUGGUUACAUACUUACACAGGUUUACCAUGGUGGGCAACUAUAGUAUUGGCGACUAGUUUACUACGAUUAACCAUUAGUUUACCAUUAUCAGUAUAUCAGCAAAAUAUAAAUGCUAAGCUAGAAAAUUUAAAACAUGAGAUGGUAGGUAUUACUACAAAUUUGAGAAGGAAAUCUAAAGAGGACAUGUUUAAAUAUGAAUGGUCAGAAGAGUAUACAAGGCGUAUGUAUAAUCGUUCGGUAAGAAAAGCAUGGAAGGACUUGAUUGUUAGAGAUAAUUGUCAUCCAAUGAAAAACAUAUUUCUCUUAUAUAUAGAAGUUCCAAUAUUGAUACUAUUAACGUUUUCACUCAGAAACUUAUGUUAUAUGUUUCCUGAACCUAAUAUUUAUGCUUAUGAAAUUUAUAAUGAACUCACAACGGGUGGUUUUGGUUGGAUAUUAAAUUUGGCAGAAAUAGAUCAUUUUUUUAUAUUACCUAUAUUGAUUGGUCUAAUAAAUUUAGCUAAUAUAGAGAUUGCAGUCAUGAUGAGAUUAAAGGAACCUACACGACUGCAAAAAGGUUUCUUUAUUUUUUUUAGAUUAGUAGCACUUGCAAUAAUACCUCUAGCACCAUAUAUACCUUCUUCUCUGAGCUUAUAUUGGAUGACAAGCAGUGCUUUUAGUCUGUGUCAAAAACUUUUGUUGAUAUCACCAAAAUUUCGUAGAUUAACAAGAAUUCCAGAAACUGAAUCAGAAUUAUCACAUCCAUAUAGUUAUUUAUAUGAGAAGAUAAAGAGUAGAAUAAAUUUUGAAGCACAAUUGAUGAGAAAGUUAAAAUGAUUGAUACAUAAAAUAGAUAUACAGAAAGUUGUGAAAAUAGUAUUAAAUAUAUAUUAAUUUAACACAAAUAUUGAAUAAAAAAUAUACAUGAAAUGA